AUGUUCAACCCCAACAACAGUGAAGUGUCGAAGACUGGAAACAUGACCAUGUCAAACACAACAGCUCUCAAAGCUCACCAAUUUUCAAGCUCGACAUUCCAUCCAGAUAUCCUUUGUGCAGUACCUCGUCACCUUGCUCAUUCGAAUAUUCCCAUUGAAAUCACCGUGGCUCUGAAGGACGAAUUUAAAUUGUUCACAGUACUGGUAAUCGAGAUAGCGUCUCAAAAGGCUCAUCCCUUGAAUAAUUUCAUAAACUUCCGUCAAUCUCCCUCUGUGCCUGAUGAUGACAUGUUGUUUUCCUUCCUCCCACUGCCACCAACAUUCGAUCAUGCUGAUUCGGACCACUGGGCAGAACUCUUGGGCAACAUUCAAACAUGGCUCGUGAAAUCCGCGGAUCCGACAAUGCCUGAAUGGACUUGGGGUCGGGAAGCAUUCUGGUAUGCAUUCAUCGCUACCCAUCCUGACUUCCCAAGUGGGAAGUGGUCUUUCUGGGAUCCCAGCAUUCCCCUCGAGGGCCAAUUUAUUGAGGAGUGGGUGGAGGGUGGUGGUGAUAUCAGUAUGACCAUCGGAGAUACUGAUGAAGAGCUCACCAUUGUCUCCACACACCAUGAUACUCUGGACUACAUUUGGUCCGAAUUUUCGAGACACAUCGCGCUUUUCUAUCAGUUGCUACUUCAUGAUUUUCUCCCAUUCAACAUUUCGGAACACUCGGCAUGA